AUGAUAUUCACAGCCUUGUCUGAUUGGGAGUCUGCGACACCGUACACAUCUCUCAUCCCACAACAACUAUUUCCAGUACUCGCAUUGGUUUUGUUGUUGUCUGGUGCUGUUGCUACGAGUACCUUUUCUGUCAUCACUGCUUCUCGGGUUCGGGACAGUAUUUUUGUUCAUGUCGGUGGGAAUUUAUGUGUAGGAGACACAAAAGAACUUUCAAGAACAUUAGUGAAAUGGAACGAAUAG